CCCAUUCCCUCUAGCAAUUUUAGGGUUUUGUCUAGACUCGUUUCAGAAAGCCUAGAAUGAGAAAAUGGUGACCGGUCACCGUGCCUCCGAUCUUGUUGAUCCACUUCAGGAAUACUCAGGUCUUGCUCUCUUCCCCCAUACCUUUGAGGUUUUGCCAGAAGCUUCCUACCCAUACGACUUCGACCGCGAACUUCAAGCCAUCCACAACCACCUCAAUUCCGCGGCAUUACGAAGUCCCCUUAAGUUAAGAGACCAGGCAAAAGUCAUUGUGGAUGGUAAUUCCAAAACUAUGAACUCUAAAGUUACGGUGGACAGUACUGUCACCGUUCCUGGCAUUGCUGAGGGUAAUCCCCGAGAACGAAGGCCAGCUUUGGGUCGUAAACGAGCUCGGUUUUCGUUGAAGCCCAAUUCCAGCCAGCCUGCUAAGAGUUUUGAACAACCAAAGUUGGACUUAAAGAACCUGAAAGACCCAAAUGAGUUUUUCAUGGCUUAUGAAAGACAUGAAAAUGCCAUAAAAGAAAUACGUAAGCAGAUGGGUGGCACUCAAUCAGAGUCUGAUGAGGAGAAUCCAUCUAAGAUUGGGCGAUCACGUCGACCAGGGAUGCUGAAGAGAUCGGUUAAAUACAAGCAUCUUUAUUCAUCGGAGAUUUCUGAGACCAAUAAGAAUGUUCUGUCCUCACAGGAGACUGUUGACUCAAGCAAUUGCAGUCCAGAUCAUCACAUCUCUCAACCAGAAAGUGAUCACGAUUUUAUGUCCCAGGAAACAGAAUUAACGGGUUCAAUCCAAAAUGAAGAAGGCAAUGCUGAUGAGAUUUUGGAUCAACUACUUUCUUGUAAUGCUGAAGAACUUGACGGAAAUCGGGCAUUGAAUCUCUUACAAGAGCACUUGCAAAUAAAACCAAUUGAGCUAGAGAAGUUACGCCUUCCAGAUUUCCAAGAUAUCCCAAAAGUGGGUUUGAAGUCUUCUAGAGGUGGAAAGUUGCCAAAGCGUAGUCAUGUCUUAUCAAACAUAGAUAAUAUGUUAAAGGGGCUAAGUAGCAAAACACCUAUGCAGCACAAACAGGGGGCUGAACCUGAAAGUCCUCUUCAUCAUGUUGCUUCUCCCACCCCGUCCAAGAGUCCUCUUGCGUCAUUGUCAGCGCUAAAACAGAGACUUUCUCGUUCAAAUUCAUUCAACGAUUUGUUUUCACCUCAUGAUAUUGACAAUUCUCCAGCUCCAAAUCCUCCAACUAUUGAAUGCAAUGAUAAUACUAUUUUGUUUGAUGUAGUAACACAGUCUGUAAUGAAGUCACCUUUGUUUGAAAAAGAUGAGAAUGUUGAAGAUUCUAUUACUGGAUCACCAGAGGCUGCUAUCAGUGAUUUAACUAAUACACAUAAAAAAUCCGUAUAUGAUGAUAGAAGUAAACUAGAUGGGGUAAUUGAUGUGGGCUCAAGUGCAUCUCAAGUUACUAUGAAUGAUAACAUGACGGACAGUUAUAUGGAUAAUAGUGCUAUGAUUGAAAAUUUAGGCGGGCUUGAUGCUGAUAGGGAUGCCCAAGCAAGAGGAGCUAAAGUCGAUGAUAAGAUACAGGUAGAAGACAUACAACAGGAAACAGUAGUUUCCACAGAUUCCGGUCUUCACCUGGAGGAAUUAACUCUGGAUAAUUCGAACGCGAUUCAGAGUCAUUUAGAUGAACCAAGACCAGCUUCAGUUGAGGGCAGGUCAACAGAUAUGCACUCCAGAAUCCCCGAUGAUGGUUCAGAACAGCAUACUGAGAUGAUUGAAGAAAAUUCCAGGAUUCCAUUAGUUAAGAAACGCAAGGAAAAGUCAGAUUCACAGAAAGUGAAAAAGAGAAGAGAGAUUUCAGGAAGUGGGAGGAAAAGCCUUGCGGGGGCUGGUACAAAUUGGGAAUCUGGAGUAAGGCGAAGCACCAGAAUCAGGUGCAGACCUUUGGAGUUCUGGAAAGGGGAGAAAUUAUUAUAUGGACGUGUACAUAAGAGUCUUCCAACUGUUAUUGGGUUGAAGUAUGCUUCCCCGGAUAAGGGCAACGGAAAGCUCGCUCUUAAGGUGAGGUCUUAUGUCUCUGAUGAACACAAAGAGCUUCUUGAGCUAGCUGCUCUGCAUUAAGAUUUAUGCUUUGCAUUAUUAGAGGAGAUUGAGUACUAGCUAUUGAACAGUUUCAUGUUUUAUAGCUAAUCACCAAGUGGAAUUUAGUCUCAAUUCGAGACUUGUUUUAUAUUUAGAACCAUGAUAUUAAUUUUACUCAUGCUUUAUAUUGUAAAGUGUACUGUACCAUUGUGUCAAUUGGAAAAAAAUCUUUCUUGCAAUUCUUGA